AGAUCCCUUUCUCGCAGGGGAGCCGCGGCUCGGCCGGCCCGCGCAUGGUGGCGCUCGCGGCUUUCGCGCCGGCCCAGCGAGCCCACCGCGCAGCUGGCGCGGGAGAACGUCUUUCGAACGUGCGGGAACCGCUGCGGCGACCGGCAGCAAAGCGGUGGUGCAAGAGGUGCCCGGCCACAGGGGAGGAGCGGGGCCCGGGUAGUUCGCCCUGGGGCACGCGGAGAUGAGCGGCCCGAUCGGUGCUGGCCCCAUCGGCGCCGCUCCCACGUCCAGGAACCCCAUCGGGGCGCCCUUCGGGCGGAAGACCUCGUGGGGCGUGGGGGGGCCUGGCGGCGGCUACGCCGGUGGCCCUGCCACUGGGAACGGCCAGGACGCAGGCGAUCGCCGCAGGAGCCAGUGGGACGAGGGUUCUCCUGGCGCCGGUGGCCGCGCAAGCUCUCCAGGCGGAGGGCAGAGGCGCAGCCAGUGGGACACGCGCCGUGACGACCGCCGAGACGAGCGCCGUGAUGAGCGCCACGAAGAGCGCCGUGACGAGCGUGGCGGCGGAGCGGCGGGCAGCAGGGACCCUGGCGCCCAGCCGGCGGCGGCGGCGGAGCGGCAUCAGAGGGCCCAGUCGCUGCCUGCGAGCGAGAAUCCAGGUUCCAGCGGACUUAUCGCGAGAACUAUUCAAGCAGGGGCCGCUGCGGACUUCAAAUAUAAUGUGAGCGAGCACGAGCCCGCGGUCGGGGACGUGCACAAAGGCCAGAUCGACCUGGCCGUCUUCAUGGCCGCUGCGCUCCGCCCAAUGGACGGCGCCCGCGCGGUCGCCCCUGCUGGAGAACUCAAGGUUAAUUUCCUGGCGCAACACAGGGCCAUCGGCGCCAUGGCCAUCGUCAAAACAUUUUUUCCCGAGUCGCUGGCGCCUGUGUCCGAUACUCGUUCCGCGUGCGCGGGCGAGGGGAAGGCGUGCGUGCGCCGCCCAGGCCCGUGGAAGGUCAAGAAACCCUUGCGCCGUAUCAUGGGCCGCAUCACGGGCACCCUCGUGGCGCGGGCCUCUUUGAAACCGCGUUCGAAGCAAGCCGGCGGCCGCGGAGAUGACAGUUCGUGGAAGCGCUUCCUGACGAGUUGA